ACUCCGCCAGUGCACGUAAGUGCAAGUGACCACCCCUUCAUUGUCUACCGUCCUUUUGUGUCCCAAUAUCUUCUCCUUCUCUUUUUUUUUUUUUUUUCGGAAAUAGUUUUCGGUGCUUAAAAUACUUCAGAAGAAUGCAGUCGAGCCGGCGAACUACGAGGAACGCUUUCGCCGUAGAGAAAAAUGGCUGCUGCUGCUGCGAGACGUAGUGCGAUAGCGGCCCACUGGAUGGCACCAGUGCGGCGGCGCCCGCAUUUCGGCAUUGACAGCGGCGGCGAGCAGCGGCAGCAGCUAGCAGGAGCGGACGGCCGGUGCCGAGGGGAAGAGGAAAGCCGGCGGCCAGUCAUCGAGCGGUAGAGCCGGUGAGCAGGGAGCGAGAUCGCGAGCCAGCGUAGAGCUGCCCUUGUUUUGCUGACCCCGUGCCUGGAAAGCCGCCGGCGUCGCCACCAUGGCCGUCAACGAGACCGACAAGACGCAGGUUUCCGAGAUGGUGAACGACUUCCUGCGCUACCAGCUCAACCGGCGGGACCUGCAGUGGACUACAUGCCCGCCAUUGCCCCGGCCCAGCAAAGUGGUCCUCGUUCUCCGAACGCUGGGCGACGAAUUCCUGGCCAAGUACCGCGACGAGUUCGUCCAGAUGUGCGGCCGGCUCGACCUCACUCCCUCGGUCGCCCAGACCGCCUUCCUGGACGUGCUCAACGAGCUUUUCAGCGAGGGGAUUACCUGGUCCCGAGUGGUGGGCGCCUUCGCUUUCAGCUUCGAGCUGUCCGCGCACUGCGUCGAGAAGAACUGGUCCGACCUGGUGGACGGCAUUGCGUCCUGGUUGUCUUCUUACGUGUGCACGAGGCUUCUGCCCUGGAUACAGGACCACGGAGGAUGGGACGGGCUGGUGGCGUUCAGCGAGGAACGAGACGACACCGGCUCGGACUCCCCUUGGCCCAUCUUCAAGAACGUGGUGUGCGGCGUCGCCGUGACGGCGCUCGGGGCGCUCACGCUGGGGGCCUUCCUCACGUCCAAGUCCUAGUGGAACCAGUCUCGGUAACAUCCGGGAUCACGCAAACGACACAAAAAGAAAAAAAAGGAAAAGCACACUCCGCGUCCUUCUUCUUUUUACCCGUCCCCAUCGUCACUCGGGUCUGCAUCCUUAGCGAGACAGCAGCACCGGAAGUACCUGCAAAAGUGUGAUGUCAUGUGACAACUGGGACAAUUUCUGCAAUGCCGCGGCCAUCCCUGAGGAGAAUUGCAGAUCCGCAAGAACCAGGAUAUAACUCGGGGGGGAGUUUGUUUUUUCCACUGCCACGGCUAUCCCUGACGGAGAGCAGCAGAACCGGAACUACCACGUGACAACUCCGAAGUCUUCUCCACUGCCACAGCUAUUCCCGAGAAGAGCCGGAACACUUCCUACUCUGUGUCGUAAGAAGUCUAGUUUGUGGACACCGUGACAGCGACCACAAGGCGCGUCUUUCGCGUGUGUACCUUUCGGCAAGGGCACGGAUGCUCCUGGAAUGACACGAGUGACGCCUACCUAGGAUGCUUCAAGACGCUGUCGUUCGCCGUUUUGGUGUGGUGGUGGCGGUGGGGGUGGGAAAGACGACGGACGCAGAGUGCAACCCUGGACGGACUGCUGAUGUGUGUGCUCUGGGAACUUCGGGUGUCACCGACUUGGCAUAUACCGCGGUGACGCGCCGGAUUUUUGCGGAGCAGCAGAACUGCACGACUUUCUCGUCGAAGGUGUCUUUUUUAUAUAUAUUAUUUGGCGUCUGCGACGUUGAACGGGUGUGUGCAUAUGUGUGCGUAACUGAGUACGACCAGUGACUCUUGGCGUGUGCGAUGUGCCUGAUGAUGAGCAACAACUUUUUCCUCGUACGUUUUUUGUUUUUUUUUCUCCUUACACGCCAGCUAGUCUUAACCAUCCGCCAGCAGAGAAGAGAUAAGGGCGUACUGCCUACCGCGCAAAUUCACCGAGUUGCAGAAGAAGGCGACUAGAUGUUAUAUAAUAGAGCGCGGUAGAAGCGAGUGUCAACUCUUUUUUGUUUUGUUUUUUCAGCGUGAUGUUUUUCACGUUGACACCAAAAGAAAAGAAAGGAAAAAAAAAAAAGAUUUCAAGAGUGCGUGUAUGUGUGUGUAUGUGAAUAUUCGUGGCAAGUGCUCUCUCCGCGCUCUGUUUUGAAGCUUUGCCAAGAUAGCAACCCUUCACUCUACCACGCGCUCGGUGGGGAAAAAAAAGAGGCGCCACAGUACAGGUACAACACGUGAAGAGUUUCGCGUUUUUAGAUUCUUUUUUUCUUCGUAGCGUGCCUGCCUAAUAGUUUUGUAUAGCCUACUCUCCCACGCGAAGUUCGUUUAAAAAACAUCAAACAGAUGUAACAAAACAAAAAAAUUACUAUUUUUUUUUCUUUCUUUCUUUCUUUCUUUGUCCGAGUUGUUUCUCAAGAUUCGCGAACCUUUGAAGUGCGCAUUCGGUUUUCGCAAGUCGACGAGGAAAAUGCCUCGAAGUGGUUAGCUCUCUUCUCUCUUCUUCUUUUUUUUUUUUUUUUUCGUUUAAAGCAAGUUGCCAGAUUUCACUUACAAAAACUGCACCGUACCUGUUUUUAUUCUGUUUAUUACCUGGUUCCCUCGGGCAGGAUAUAUGAUAAUAGUACGGAUAGUUGUGUGUAUAGUUUUCUACGUGUACACGGCGAGCGCGUUGGGUGCACAAUUUAGAGUACGUAAAAUAAUGCGCGCGCUGUAUCUUUUUUUUGUGUGUGUGUGUGUGGAAGCGGCGCAGAGGAAGCCACGUAUCUUAAGCCACGUUUAGUAUACACCGGAGACUGUACUGUCGCAGGUUUAUUAGGUUUAUAAUUAUAACUAUUUCGUCGGACAUACUAAAAAACCGCGCUGUGUUCUAUUUAUAAUUUAUGUUUUUUUUUUGUUUUUUUUUUUUUUGUUCUACGUCUUUUAAGAAUGAAGACGCGGAAGGUUUCUGGGGCACAAAAUAAACGCUGUGUUACCAUGUCCACAUUUUCAUUGUAGGCUUUUUUUUCGGUUUUAUUUGGGGAUGAUCUUUAUCUGCGUAGAGGGACACAAGUCGACCAGAGUGCUUGGUUCCUUUUCCAAAACGUCCGCUUUCCCCCCUCCCCCCACCCCUUUUUUUUUAAACUAGCAUUGACGUUUUUUGUUUGAAUUUAUAAAUUUUUUGUUUGGUCGUUCGAUGGGUUUUUAUUCUGCGGGUAAAGCAGACGUUUUGUUCUUACCCAGACACUUUAUUUGUGUGGUGUUUGUAAAUACGUUUACUUUGAAACCUGGAGAAAAAAAAAAUACUAUGGAAGUAAAUAAAAAAAAAAACUUAUGGACGAA